AUGGUUGCUAAGAAAGGUAGUAAGUCACAGUAUAGUGACCUACAACGGAGAGACAAUCAGGACAAAUUUGAGAGAUCGAAUAACGAUGAUGAUGCCAACGGGUCUCACAAGAUGCAGAAGAAAACCAAGGAUAAGAAGUUAAAGGCAGGAUUGAAGCGUAUUGAUCAGAAGUAUAAGGAAGCGGUACUCUCUACUGCUGCUACAGAAUAUCUUUUACCCGAAGAGCAUGGUUAUUUAGAAGCAGAAGAUGAGAUGGAAAAGACGUUCAAGUUCACACAGGCUGAAAUCAAACACCAUGUUGACGCCUCCAUGGCCAAUAAGGCAUUGGACUUGAAAUUAAACGAUUUUGGUCCGUACCGUGUAAAUUAUUCCAGAAAUGGUACGCAUAUGCUUAUUGCAGGUCGGAAGGGCCAUGUAGCAUCUCUUGAUUGGAGGAAAGGUGAACUUCGUGGUGAGCUAAAUCUCGGGGAGACAGUGCAAGCAGCAACAUAUUUGCAAAAUGAACAGUUCUUUGCAGUAGCACAAAAAAAAUACACGUUCAUUUACGAUCAUGAAGGUGUAGAGCUGCAUCGUUUAAAGCAGCACAUAGAGGUCAAACAUUUAGAAUAUUUACCAUAUCAUUAUCUCUUGGCAACAGCAGGACAAACAGGUUUUUUGAAAUAUCAAGAUGUUUCGACAGGUCAACUAGUAUCAGAGAUCAGAACUAAACUAGGUCCUACUACAGCGAUGGCUCAGAACCCUUGGAAUGCAGUAAUGCAUUUGGGACAUAGCAACGGCACAGUCACUCUAUGGUCACCAUCAAUGCCAUCACCACUGGUAAGACUAUUAUCAUCUAGAGGAUCAAUAACAGGAAUUGCUGUAGAUAGACAAGGUUAUUAUAUGGCCACCACUGGUUCCGAUAAAUCUUUAAAGAUUUGGGAUAUCAGAAACUUUAAAGAAGUACAUAGUAUUGAGAACAUGCCUACGCCCGGUACUAACGUUGCAAUUUCAGAUACAGGUCUACUUGCAGUAUCAAGAGGGCCUCAUGUAACAAUUUGGAAAGAUACGUUGAAAAGUGGGAAAGCUGCUAGACCGUAUUUCACCUCUAGCGGUUACAAAGAUAGAAAUACUCCGUAUAUGUCUCAUUUAUUCGCUGGAAAUAAAAUAGAGAACUUCCAGUUUGCGCCAUUCGAAGAUUUGCUAGGUGUUGGACAUCAAAAGGGUAUAACCAAUUUGAUUAUUCCAGGCGCAGGGGAAGCCAACUACGACGCACUAGAGGCCAACCCAUACGAAACAAGCAAACAGAGACAGGAACAAGAAGUGAGAUCAUUAUUGAAUAAGUUACCUGCUGAUUCUAUAACAUUAAAUCCAAACACAAUAGGUACAGUAGAUUCUCGUGCUUCUCAAGUCAGAUUAAAUGCAAAGGAUCUUGCAAUUAUCUCGAAUGCAGAGCAAGAAAAAUCCAAACUAAACAAAGACAUUCCUGAUGCCAGACCUGAUGUUAAAGGUAAGAACUCCGGAUUACGUGCGUUCCUACGAAAGAAAACUCGUAAUGUUGUGGAUGAAAGGAAGUUAAGGGUACAAAGACAACUAGAGAAGGAAAAGUCUAGCCGCCAAAGAAAAGAAAAAAUUAAGAAGGGUGAACUUGCUGAUGAUCACAAAGACCUUGUUGAUGAAGCCUUAUCAAGAUUUUCUUGA